AUGGCAACAGGAAUAGGAGCAUUCGUGAGUUUCGGCGACUUGGUGGCUGUACCGGAGGGAGCGGAAGUCACUGCUGCAUCGGGGGUGAAGGCCUUGGGUGACGGGCAGUAUAUUAGUGCUAAGAUGGGCACAGUCAAGGUGGAUAAUAAUAGGGUAAUGGUAGAUAGUCCGACGGCACCCUUUGUGCCUCCCUCUGCGGGUGAUGUAGUGUACGCGAGAGUGGCUAGAAUAACUACGCAGAAGGCGGAGUGUAUAAUCGUCGCUGACCAGGCUGGACGGCCCAAUAAUUGCGGAUACCGCGGCCACAUUCGAGUGCAGGACGUGCGGUAUUAUGAUAUUGACGCGGUGGCUAUAGCGGACUGCUUUAGACCAGGAGAUCUUAUCAAGUGCAAAGUUUUGUCUAUUGGAGAUUCCAGGAGUUACCUUCUCACUACCUCGGGUACAGAUGCUAGUCUAGGUGUAGUGAUGGCUACUAGUGCGAAUGGUAAAAACGUAUUGUCAUCCCUUGGUGCCGAUAUCAUGGUGUAUGAUGAAGUGCUCGGUAACGGGGGAAUUGGAAAAGAGGUGGGCACUGGGCAUUCAGUGACGCUUGGGUGA